GAUUAUCCAACAAACAAUGCUAGACCCAAUCAACGGCUUCCACAUAUGCAUUGGCUAUAGAUGAGGCGCGCCAAAAACCUCUCUCUGCAACUUCUAACAACUUCCAUCCAUGGCGUCCCCUUUAUCCUCUCCCUUAACUCUCCCAUUUUCUCCUUCCACUCUAAAGCGACAUUUCAUUUCGACCCAGUUCUCUCUCGGCUUCAGUCAACCCCGUACCCAAGAGACUGCAAGGUCCCUACAUCUCAAAGUUCAAUGCAAGUCUGCAAGGGAUUGUAGAAAGGGCUUGGCACACUGGCAUGAUUUUUCAACCACCUUGUACUUAUCAACAACUUUUGAAAAUGGAAGAAAGAAACUUGAGAGUUUGAUUGCUCCGAUUAUUCUUUUGGUCCAAAUUUCAUCUCCACUACCUUUUAGUGGAUGGGAAUCCUGGCUGAUUUCUCCUGCAAAUGCGGUGCUUUACUCUCCUGAUACCAAGGUUCCAAGAACUGGGGAACUUGCUUUAAGGAGAGCUAUACCAGCAAACACAAAUAUGAAGGCUAUUCAGUCUUCUUUGGAAGAUAUCUCCUACCUGCUGAGAAUUCCACAAAGAAAACCUUAUGGAACAAUGGAAAGCAAUGUGAAGAAAGCUCUUAAGAUAGCAAGUGAUGAGAAGGAUUCUAUUUUGGCUAGUAUACCUGCAGAUCUGAGGGAGAAGGGUACAACAUCAUAUGCAUCUCUUAUUGAUGGGAAGGGUGGAUUGCAAGAGCUACUAAAAUGUAUCAAAGAUCAAGACCCAGAUAAAGUAUCUGUUGGCCUAGCAUCUUCACUGGAUACUGUUGCAGAGUUGGAGUUAUUACAGGCACCAGGAUUGUCAUUUUUGUUGCCUGAGCAAUACUUGAAGUAUCCAAGGCUAACCGGGAGAGGAACAGUUGAACUUACUAUUGAGAGGGGUGAUGGUUCAACAUUUUCUCCAGAAGCUGGUGGUCAACCGAGAAAGGCUGCCACAAUUCAGAUUACUGUGGAUGGAUAUUCAGCACCACUGACAGCAGGGAAUUUUGCAAAACUGGUAAUUGAUGGAGCAUAUGAUGGGGCAAGACUCAGCUGUGCUAAUCAAGCUGUUAUUACAGAAAGUGGUCUUGAUAAGAAUGGUUACAGUGUUCCCUUGGAAAUAAUGCCAUCUGGGCAAUUUGAGCCUUUGUACAGAACAACAUUAAGUGUGCAGGAUGGUGAAUUACCAGUUCUUCCCUUAUCUGUUUAUGGAGCUGUCGCUAUGGCACACAAUGAAGGCUCCGAGGAUUACUCAUCCCCAUAUCAAUUUUUCUUCUAUUUAUAUGAUAAAAGAAAUGCUGGCUUAGGAGGCAUAUCUUUUGAUGAAGGCCAAUUUUCAGUCUUUGGGUAUACAACUGUUGGGAGAGAAAUUCUGCCACAGAUUAAAUCUGGAGAUGUGAUUCGAUCAGCCAAGCUCAUCGAAGGUCAAGAUCGUCUUGUUCUGCCAAAUGAGAGCUGAUUAACUCUUGUCAAGGCAGGCCAUUAUUAAUUUUUUUUUUUAUUUUUUUAUCAUUUUUGCACUUGGAAGAUUCCAUGCUCAUUUUCUUGUUGCGGAUUGUGCUGUGAGUUUUAAUUACCUUGUGGAUGCUCAAAAAAAUAAUGUCUAAUGAUAAAA